GGGGACUAGGACCUGCUGUCUCUAGGUGACAGGGAAGAGGAGAGGUGGCUGUGACAGUGGUGGAGGUGGCUCUGACCCAGUGAGGGACAACCCAGCACAAAGCAUAAUGCAGGCGUCCAUGGAUGGGGCCCCGCCGCCCACCAGCCCCACCGGGCUCUCGGUGUACGUGGCCGUGUCGCAGCUGCUGGGCCUGACGCUCCUGGCCACCACAGGUGCCUGGCUGGGCCGCUACCGGGGCGGCGUGGCCUGGCACAGCCCCCUCCAGUUCAACGCCCACCCCCUCUGCAUGGUGCUGGGCAUGGUGUUCCUCCAAGGUGACGCUCUCCUGGUGUACCGCGUGUUCAGGCACGAAGCCAAGCGCUCCACCAAGGCACUGCAUGCGCUGCUCCAUGGCCUGGCACUGGUCAUUGCCCUCGUGGGAAUCAUUGCUGUCUUCGAGUCACACCAGACUAAGGGCAUCCCUGACAUGUACAGCCUGCACUCCUGGUGUGGGAUGGCCACCUUUGUGCUCUACCUCCUGCAGUGGUUCCUGGGCUGCAGCUUCUUUCUGUUCCCUGGUGCCUCCUUCUUGCUGAGAGGGUGGUACAAGCCCCAGCACAUCUUCUUUGGCAUCACCCUCUUCAUCCUCUCCAUCACCUCCUGCUUGUUGGGCAUUACUGAGAUGCUCCUCUUCAAACUCAGUGAUUCCUACAGCCACUUUGUGCCUGAGGGCAUCCUGGCCAACACCCUGGGGGUGCUGCUGGUGGCCUUCGGGCUAGUGGUGGGCUACGUGCUGACACGGGAGGAGUGGAAGCGCCCACCGCUGGCAGAGGAGCUGGCCCUGUCCAUGGACUUCAAGACCCUGACAGAGGGAGAGAGCCCUGGUGGUGGCAGCCAGUGACAUCCCCAGCUCCUGGUCUCCGGCAUGGGCUCCUUGUGAUGUCUGAAAUGUUCCUGUGCACCCUGUCCCUGGUGGUUUGCAUAUCUGCCCAGCCCAGGGUUACAAGGACAGCUGGGGAAGGACAUGCUUGGGCAAUGCUUCCCACUGGACUUGGCCUCGCUUGGCCUUAAUCAUCCUAAGCUCUGCCCUGUCCAUACUUUGGUGGCCCCUGAACUCAUCCCAGCCCUGUGGGAAUGGCAGUGCUGGCAGGGGCACAAAGAGGGGUCUCUGGGCUCUUCCCCACUCUGGGGAUGGAGUGGGAGCAGAGAUUUCUGCACUGUGGGUGGCCAAAACCUACAGCCUGUUCCCAGUGCUGGUGGGCAGAUGGGAUGUUUGCCACCCCUGGGAAGUCUCACUCACUGGUAGCCCCUAACCCUCCAGCAUUGCCACAUGUCGGGGACACUCCCCUAAAGGGCUCCCUGGGGAUUUGGAGUGACCCUAUGCCCAUGCAGGUUCAGUAGCUUCGUGUCUGAAGUGUUUUCUCCCCAUGCUUGAUGUGUUUGCUCAGUGGAUGCUCCCAACCUAAUAAAUGUU